AUGCCGGUAGGCCGAGUCGUUCUUCUUCUAGGCAUCUGUGUUCCUUUCAAUUGGAUCAGUUACGACUGCUUGCUAGAUGGUCUGGUUAUCGGUGUCCUGACCCUAUCGAACCAAGGGCAAAUUCAUGUGGCAGCACCAGUAAGCUAUGCGAGCAACGCUUGGAGAGAAGCAGGGGCACCUUUGAAUCAUAUAAGGCCACCUUCUCGGGGGAUGGGUCUGACACGUACGAUGAUAUGGCUGUAUGGCCACACAUAUGAUGCUGGGUGGACUCCUGUGGGGAUAGGUCUAGACCACCAAGAUCAGUCACGGGGGACCUUUAUGGCCCAUCAGAGGUAUGCUACGUGUGGUCUUCUCGAGUCUGGAAGGGCUUUGAGUACUGCUGAUGCUGAGACAGCCGCAUAG